GACCAUCCACUCAUGCACUCACAGGCGCAGGGAGACGUUCGCGCUCCUUGGGAAGAAACGCGUUUGGGUUUUUUUUUUUUCCAUUUUCAUCUCAGCUUUUAGUUUAUCACUAAGGGAUCCAAAGCGGACUGGGAAGCUGCAGCGCUCCUUUUUGUAGGACUGGAUGAUUUGAUUGUCAAGCACAGUGAUUCCGUUACGCAUCAUGUUUGAACGCCGAUAAUCUGUUUUAAAUAUACAUGACUGGACUGCUGCAUCGCCCUUAGCCUUACAGGGCUGUAGUUGCUCUCCUUUUUUUUUUCUUUUCUUUUUUUAUUAUUAUUGCAGGAACCCCGUUUAGGAGAGACAACCCUUUGGGUGCAACUGGAGGAACAAUCGCACCCCGGACCAUUGAGGGAGGGUUCGGAUGAGGUGGUUCGGUUUUAGAAACCCAGCCAACUUUUCAUCUUUUUGCUUCCAACAGCAGUGCCAUUGGGCAUUGCUCAGGAGAUGGCGAUGAGGUUGUUCUUCUUAGGAUUUCUUCUCUGCUUGGAGGUCAUGUCUUCUAAUGGUGUUACCAUAGGUCCUGAAUCAGAAGACCCUCCAAAGACUUGCAAUCCUAAACAGUUUGCUUGUAAAGACCAGGUGACCUGUAUCUCCAAAGGUUGGCGUUGUGAUGGGGAGAAGGACUGUCCAGAUGGCUCUGAUGAAUCACCAGAUAUUUGCUCACACAACAGGCCAAACCAGUGCCCUGUCAAUGAACAUGGCUGCUUGGACAUGGACGUCUGCAUCCAUAUGAGCAAACUGUGUGACGGAGUCCCUGAUUGUUCGGAUGGCUGGGAUGAGGGGCCUCAUUGCAGAGAAAAAGCACCAGAGUGUGCCUCGUUGGAGUGUGAGUAUAACUGUGCAGUGACCCAUGACGGGCCUCGCUGCUACUGUGGAAAUGGUUACGAGGUCGCAGCAGACGGAAAGAAGUGUAAAGAUUUCAAUGAAUGCAGUGUGUAUGGGACAUGUAGUCAGACGUGCACAAACACAAAAGGAAGCUACGCGUGCAGCUGUGUUGAAGGCUAUCUGCUGCAACCAGAUAACCGCUCCUGCAAAGCUAAAAAUAAGCCUGUGGAUCGCCUGCCUGUUCUGUUGAUCGCCAACCUCCAUGAUAUCCGAUGCACGUCUCUGAGCGGCUCCACAUCCCGGCUUCCUGUCAUAACCACCAAGCAGACAAUGGCGAUGGACUUUAUCUAUGCUGAGGAGACCGUUUGCUGGAUAGAUGUGGGUGAAUCCCCUGCUGCCACUCAGCUGAAGUGCGCCAGCAUCCAAGACCUUAAGACUGUUAGUAACAUCCGGACCAUCAACAUCACCCUCAGCUUACAUCAUGUGGAGCAGAUGGCCAUCGACUGGCUGACAGGAAACUUCUACUUUGUGGAUGACGUGGAUGACCGGGUGUUUGUGUGCAACAAGAACGGUCAGACUUGUGUGACCCUGCUGGAUCAGGAGUUGUACAACCCAAAGGGCAUAGCCCUGGACCCAGCUAUGGGGAAACUGUUCUUCACUGACUAUGGCUCCACGCCGAGGGUGGAGCGCUGCGACAUGGACGGCCAGAACCGCACCAAAUUGGUUGACAGCAAGAUUGUCUUCCCCCAUGGCAUUACCCUGGACCUGGUUAACCGACUGGUGUACUGGGCAGACGCCUACCUGGACUACAUCGAAGUGGUGGACUACGAGGGCAAGAACCGACACACCAUCAUCCAGGGCCUGCUGAUUGAGCACCUGUACGGACUGACUGUAUUCGAGAACUACCUUUAUGCAACAAACUCUGAGGAAGGCAACCUCAACCCAAAGACCAGCGUAAUCCGGGUGAACCGCUUUAACAGCUCUGACUUCCAGGUGGUGACCCGUUUGGAUCGGGGAGCCGCUCUGCAUGUGUACCACCAGAGGCGCCAACCUCAAGUGCGCAGCCAUGCUUGUGCCUUGGAUCAGUUUGGAAAACCUGGAGGUUGCUCUGACAUUUGCCUGCUAAGCAAUAGCCACAAGACCCGUACCUGCCGCUGCCGCUCCGGAUUCAGCCUGGGCAGCGAUGGGAAGUCCUGUAAAAAACCAGACCACGAACUGUUCUUGGUGUAUGGUAAGGGCCGUCCUGGUAUCAUCCGGGGCAUGGACAUGAAUGCCAAGGUGCCUGAUGAGUACAUGAUUCCCAUCGAGAACCUGAUGAACCCCCGAGCUCUGGACUUCCACGCCGCCAGUGAAUUCAUCUACUUUGCAGACGCCACCAGCUACAUUAUUGGCCGACAGAAGAUUGAUGGCACAGAGAGGGACACCAUCCUAAAGGAUGGUAUUCACACGGUGGAGGGGAUAGCAGUCGACUGGAUGGGAGGAAAUCUGUAUUGGACAGAUGAUGGCCCUAAGAAGACUAUCAGUGUUGCCAGGCUGGAGAAGGCUUCCCAAACUCGCAAGACUCUCAUUGAGGGAAAAAUGAGCCACCCCCGGGCUAUUGUUGUGGACCCUCAGCAUGGGUGGAUGUACUGGACAGACUGGGAGGAGGAUCCUACAGAGAGCAACAGAGGGAAGAUUAAGAAAGCCUGGAUGGAUGGUUCACACCAUCAAGUCUUCCUGACCAGCAAAACAGUGUUGUGGCCCAACGGCUUGAGUCUGGACAUUCCUCAGGGCAUCCUGUACUGGGUGGAUGCUUACUACGACCGAAUCGAGAUGGUUUACCUCAAUACCACAGAGAGAAUGGUUGUCUAUGAGGGUCAGGAGCUCAACCAUGCCUUUGGCUUAUGUCACUACAAACAAUUUCUGUUUUGGAACGAGUACCGCGGUGGUAGCAUCUACAAACUGGACCAGGUCACCAAAACUGUCACUUUACUUCGCAAUGAGAGGCCUCCUAUAUUUGAGAUCAGAGUGUACGAUGCUCACCAGCAGCAAGGUACCAAUGCAUGUAGAGGAAACAACGGCGGCUGUAGCAGUCUUUGCCUCGCCAUUCCUAACGGCAGGUCCUGCGGCUGCGCUGACGAUCAAAUCCUCGAUGUCGACAAUGUUACCUGCAAAGCCAACCCCUCCUACGUUCCCCCGCCCAAGUGCCAGCCCGGGGAGUUCGCCUGCAAGAACAAUCGCUGCAUCCAGGAGCGCUGGAAGUGUGAUGGGGACAACGACUGUCUGGACAACAGCGACGAGGCCCCUGACCUCUGCCAUCAGCACACUUGUCCCUCGGACAGAUUCAAAUGCCAAAACAACCGCUGCAUCCCUCUGCGAUGGCUGUGUGACGGUGACAAUGACUGCGGCAAUGACGAGGACGAAUCCAACACAACCUGCUCUGCUCGCACAUGCCCACCAAACCAGUUCCCCUGUGCCAGUGGCAGAUGCAUCCCCAUCUCCUGGACAUGUGACCUGGACGAUGACUGUGGAGAUCGCUCAGAUGAGCCAGAGUCCUGUGCCUACCCAACAUGCUUCCCUCUCACCCAGUUUACCUGCGCUAACGGCCGUUGCAUUAAUAUCAAUUGGCGCUGUGACAACGACAAUGACUGUGGGGAUAACAGCGAUGAAGCCGGCUGCAGCCACUCCUGCUCCAGUGUGCAGUUUAAAUGCAACAGCGGCCGCUGCAUCCCAGAAUACUGGACCUGUGAUGGCGACAACGACUGCGGAGAUUACAGUGACGAGACUCAUGCAAACUGCACCAUACGGGAACCCCGCCCCCCUGGUGGCUGCCAUGUUGAUGAGUUUCAGUGUCAGAUGGAUACACUGUGCAUUCCCAUGCGCUGGCGCUGUGACGGUGACACCGACUGCAUGGAUCUCAGUGAUGAGAGCAAUUGUGAUGGUUGGAACCACACGUGUGAUACGACUGCCAAGUUCAGCUGCAGAGACUCUGCCCGCUGCAUCAGCAAAGCAUGGGUGUGUGACGGUGACAGCGACUGUGAGGACAACUCGGACGAGGAAAACUGUGAGGCGCUGGUGUGCAAGUUGUCUCACCACAUGUGUGCCACCAACGACUCCAUCUGCCUGCCCGCCGAGAAGCUAUGUGACGGCACUGAUGACUGUCCUGAUGGCUCUGAUGAGAAGCUUUGCGACUUAUGCUCAGUGGAUAAUGGUGGCUGUAGUCACAACUGCAGCAUUAUUCCUGGGGAGGGCUUCAUGUGCUCCUGUCCCCUGGGUAUGGAGCUGGGAGCUGACAACAAGACCUGCCAGAUCCAAAGCUUUUGUGCCAAACACUUAAAAUGUAGCCAGAAGUGUGAACAGGAGAAAUCUAGAGUCAAGUGUUCCUGCUAUGAGGGCUGGGAGCUGGAAGCAGAUAUGGAAAGCUGCAAAAGUUCUGAUCCUUUCAAACCUUUCAUCAUCUUCUCAAAUCGACAUGAGAUCAGAAGGAUUGACCUUCACAAGGGGGAGUUCAGUGUGCUGGUACCAGGCCUGAGGAACACCAUAGCCUUGGAUUUCCACCUUAACCAGAGCACCCUGUACUGGACUGAUGUAGUGGAGGACAAGAUCUAUAGGGGGAAGCUGUCUGAAAACGGAGCCCUGACUAGCUUCGAGGUGGUCAUUCAGUAUGGCCUGGCCACCCCAGAGGGCCUAGCUGUGGACUGGAUAGCAGGAAACAUUUACUGGGUGGAAAGCAAUCUAGACCAGAUUGAGGUGGCCAAACUGGACGGGACCAUGAGAACCACCCUACUGGCUGGAGAAGUAGAGCAUCCCCGGGCCAUUGCACUGGACCCACGAGACGGAAUUUUAUUCUGGACGGAUUGGGAUGCUAGUCUGCCCAGGAUAGAGGCAGCAUCCAUGAGUGGUGAAGGCAGGCGCACCAUCCACAGGGAGACGGGCAGUGGCGGCUGGCCCAAUGGACUCACUGUGGACUACAUGGAAAGACGUAUUGUCUGGAUUGAUGCCAGGUCGGACGCAAUCUACUCUGCAAAGUACGACGGCUCUGGGCUGAUUGAGGUGUUGAGAGGUCAUGAGUAUUUGUCCCACCCUUUUGCUGUCACCAUGUACGGAGGAGAGGUUUACUGGACCGACUGGCGGACAAACACGCUCGCUAAAGCCAAUAAAUGGACCGGUCACAACGUCACAGUUGUCCAGCGCACCAACACGCAGCCCUUUGACCUCCAGGUCUAUCACCCUUCCAGACAACCUCUGGCUCCAAACCCAUGUGCCACAAGUGAUGGUAAAGGCCCCUGCUCCCACCUGUGUCUCAUCAACUUCAACCAAACCUUCUCCUGCGCCUGCCCCCACCUCAUGAAGCUUCAGGCAGACAAGCGCACCUGCAAAGAGUCCCGCAAGUUCCUGCUUUACGCUAGACAGAUUGAGAUCCGAGGCGUGGACAUUGACAACCCUUACUACAACUACAUCAUCUCCUUUACCGUGCCGGACAUAGAUAAUGUGACCGUGGUGGAUUAUGAUGCCGUGGAGCACCGCAUCUACUGGUCAGAUGUGCGCACGCAGACCAUCAAAAGAGCUUUUAUUAAUGGAACAGGAGUGGAAACUGUGGUGUCUGCUGACCUUCCUAAUGCCCAUGGCCUGGCAGUAGACUGGGUGUCCAGGAACCUGUUCUGGACCAGCUAUGAUGCUAAUAAGAAGCAGAUCAAUGUGGCGAGGCUGGAUGGGUCUUUCAAGAACGCCGUCGUCCAGGGGUUAGAUAAGCCCCACUGUCUGGUGGUUCAUCCUCUACUGGGGAAGCUAUACUGGACUGAUGGUGACAACAUUAGCAUGGCUAACAUGGAUGGAAGUGACCAGACCCUUCUUUUUACCAAUCAGAAAGGCCCAGUUGGACUCUCCAUUGACUAUGAGAAGAAGCAGCUUUACUGGAUCAGUUCAGGUAACAGCACCAUUAACCGGUGCAAACUGGACGGAUCUAAACUGGAAAUCCUGGAGGGUGUGAAAGGCAAAUUUACCAAGGCGACUGCUCUGGCUAUAAUGGGAGACAAGCUGUGGUGGGCAGAUCAGGGAACGGACCAGAUUGGAACAUGUGACAAAAAGGAUGGUGGAAACUGGAAGGUUUUGCGGAAUAACACCUCCCCCAUGAUGCACAUGAGGAUCUAUGAUGAGGACGUGCAGAAAGCUGGUAUAAACCUUUGCAGCAACAACAACGGUGAUUGUUCACAGCUGUGUCUGCCAACCUCCCCGACAACAAGAUCCUGCAUGUGCACAGCUGGAUACAGCCUGAAAACAGGACAGCAGUCCUGUGAGGGGAUGGGAUCUUUCCUACUUUAUUCUGUUCAUGAGGGGAUUCGGGGAAUCCCUCUCGACCCGGCAGACAAAUCUGACGCCUUGGUGCCGGUGUCUGGCACCUCUCUGGCUGUUGGCAUCGACUUCCACGCUGAGAAUGACACCAUCUACUGGGUGGACAUGGGACUGAGCACCAUCAGCAGAGCAAAGAGGGAUCAGACGUGGAGAGAGGAUGUGGUGACCAACGGCAUCGGCAGAGUGGAGGGGAUAACCGUUGACUGGAUAGCAGGGAAUAUUUACUGGACCGACCAGGGCUUUGAUGUGAUUGAAGUAGCCAGGCUCAAUGGCUCGUUCCGCUACGUGGUCAUCUCCCAGGGCCUAGACAAACCCAGAGCUAUAACUGUCCACCCAGUGAAAGGGUAUUUGUUCUGGACGGAGUGGGGUCAGUACCCUCGUAUUGAGCGUUCCCGCUUGGAUGGCUCCCAGAGGCUGGUCUUGGUUAAUGUGAGCAUCAGCUGGCCCAAUGGGAUCUCCAUCGACUAUGAGGAAGGUCUGCUUUAUUGGUGCGAUGCUCGAACAGACAAGAUCGAGCGCAUCAACCUAGAGACAGGGGAGAAUAGAGAGCUGGUGCUGGCCAGCAACAACAUGGACAUGUUUGCUGUGUCAGUGUUUGAGGAAUACAUCUACUGGAGUGACAGGACUCACGCCAAUGGGUCCAUCAAGAGAGGAAGUAAAGACAAUGCUACAGAUGCCGUGCAGCUCAGGACAGGCAUUGGUGUUCAACUGAAAGACAUCAAAGUUUUCAACAGGGCCAGACAGCAAGGCACAAACAUCUGCAAAGAAAACAACGGCGGCUGCGAACAGCUGUGUCUUUACCGUGGCAACGGGGAGCGUACCUGUGCCUGCGCCCACGGCAUGCUGGCCGAGGACAGAAAAAGCUGCCGUGACUACGACGGAUACCUUCUUUACUCGGAGCGCACUAUUCUGAAGAGCAUACACCUCUCUGAUGAGACCAACCUCAAUGCGCCGAUAAAACCUUUCGAGGACCCGGACCACAUGAAGAACGUGAUUGCCCUCAGCUUCGACUACCACGGCGGCGGAGGAAAGGGAGCCAACCGUAUCUUCUUCAGUGACAUUCACUUUGGCAACAUCCAGCAGAUCAACGACGAUGGCUCUGAUCGCAAGAUUGUGGUGGACAAUGUUGGGUCAGUUGAGGGUCUGGCAUACCACAGAGGCUGGGACACACUGUACUGGACCAGCUACACCACCUCCACCAUCACUCGCCACACUGUGGAUCAGAGCCGCUCUGUGGCUUAUAACCGCGACACUGUGGUAACAAUGUCUGGAGAAGACCACCCCAGAGCCUUCGUGUUGGACGAGUGUCAGGACCUCAUGUUCUGGACAAACUGGAACGAGCUUAAUCCCAGCAUCAUGAGAGCCUCUCUAAAUGGAGCCAAUGUGAUCCAGAUCAUUAGGACUGACAUUAAAACUCCAAACGGCCUGGCAAUAGAUCACCGGGCUGAGAAGCUCUACUUCUCAGAUGCCACUCUGGACAAGAUUGAGCGCUGCGAGUACGAUGGCAGCAGCCGUUAUGUCUUGUUGAAGAACGACCCGGUUCAUCCAUUUGGUCUGGCUGUUUAUGGAGAUUACAUCUUUUGGACCGACUGGGUGAGGAGGGCUGUCCUGAGGGCCGACAAGUUUACAGGAGGAGACAUGAAGGUGCUGCGUGCCGACAUCCCUCAGCAGCCUAUGGGCAUCAUUGCCGUGGCUAAUGAUACCAAUAGCUGUGAGUAUUCACCAUGCCGAACAAAUAACGGCGGCUGCCAGGAUCUGUGUCUCCCCACAUCCGAUGGACGCGUGAACUGCAGCUGCCGUGGGGACAGACAGCUCCUGGAGGACAACACCUGCUCCGCACUGAACAUGUCGUGUAGAAGUGUGGAAGACUUUGAGUGUGGAAAUGGUGACUGCAUCAACUACAGCCUUACAUGCGAUGGGAUGGCUCACUGCAAAGACAAAUCUGAUGAAAAGCAGUCAUAUUGUGCCAAUCGCAUUUGUAAGAAGGGCUACAGGAAGUGCAUUAACGGUCGCUGCCUUGGCCACCAGUUCUGGUGUGAUGGAACAGAUGACUGUGGAGACAAUUCGGAUGAGCUGCCCUGCAACAUGACCCUGUGCAAAGCAGGAGAGUUCCAGUGCAAAGACGGGAGCUGCAUCUCCAACCACAGCCGCUGCGACCAGGCGGUCAACUGCGAGGAUGCAAGUGAUGAAAUGAACUGCCAACCCACCGACUGCUCUCGUUUCUUCCGCCUUGGAGUUAAAGGUGCCUCCUUCCGGAGCUGUGAGAAAACCACACUCUGUUAUCUGUCCUCAUGGGUGUGUGAUGGCAACAAUGACUGUGGAGACUUUUCCGAUGAGAGAAACUGUCCAGACAAAAGGAAGCUGAAAUGUCCCGUUAACUUCUUUGCUUGCCCAAGUGGGCGUUGCAUCCCGAUGAGCUGGACCUGUGAUAAAGAGAAUGACUGUGAGAAUGGAGCUGAUGAGACGCACUGUGAUAAGUUUUGUUCGCCCACUCAGUUCGAAUGUGGGAACCAUCGAUGCAUUUCCAAGAACUGGGUGUGUGACGGCUCAGACGACUGUGGUGACGGCUCGGACGAAGCCCAGAUAUGUGAACAUAAAUCGUGCAGCCCUGACGUUUUCCAGUGCCCUGGUUCCCAUGUGUGUGUUCCUCAGCGCUGGAAGUGUGAUGGAGAUAAUGACUGCCCCGACGGAGCUGAUGAGAGCGUCAAAGCUGGAUGCAUGUACACCAACAAUACAUGUGAUACCAAGAAUGAGUUCAUGUGUCAGAACAGACAGUGCAUCCCUAAGCACUUUGUGUGUGACCAUGAUAUUGAUUGCUCCGAUGGGUCGGAUGAAUCCCCAGAAUGUGAAUAUCCGCCAUGUGGCCCAGAUGAGUUUCGCUGUGCCAACGGUCGUUGCCUUAACCAGAAGAAGUGGGAGUGUGAUGGAGAGUUUGACUGUCCAGAUCACUCUGACGAAGCUCCCAAAAAUCCUCACUGCAUAGAUUCAGAGAGGACUUGUAAUGAAUCAGCCUUCAUGUGCCAUAAUAAGAAGUGUUUGAAUGAGACGCUGCUGUGCGACCGGAACGAUGACUGCGGCGAUGGCUCUGACGAACUCAACUGCUUCAUCAAUGAAUGUCUGAACAGUAAGCUGAGCGGCUGCUCGCAGCUCUGCGACGACCUCAAGAUCGGCUUUAAAUGCAGAUGCCAUCCUGGAUUCCAGCUGAAGCGCGAUGGGAAGACGUGUGUGGAUAUAGACGAGUGCACGACCACCUACCCCUGUUCUCAGCACUGCCUGAACACACACGGCAGCUUCCGCUGUCUGUGCGUAGACGGCUUUGAAGUCAGCCCCAAUGACCCCACCAUCUGCAAGUCCACCUCGGAAGUGGAGCCAUAUUUAAUUUUUGCAAAUCGCUACUAUCUGAGAAAGCUCAACCUGGAUGGUUCCAACUACACCCUUAUAAAACAGGGUCUGAACAAUGCUGUAGCAUUGGACUUUCACUACGCAGAGCAGAUGAUAUACUGGACAGAUGUGACCACUCAGGGAAGCAUGAUUCGACGGAUGCACAUGAAUGGAACCAACAUGGAGGUUUUACACCGAACCUCCCUGAAUAACCCAGAUGGUCUGGCUGUUGACUGGGUUGGUGGAAACUUGUACUGGUGUGACAAGGGUCGAGAUACAAUUGAGGUCUCGAAGCUUGAUGGGGCCUACAGGACGGUCUUGGUUAACAGUGGGCUUAGGGAACCCCGGGCUGUUGCUGUGGACGUCCGCUAUGGAUACCUUUACUGGUCCGACUGGGGUGAUAACCCUCACAUUGGAAGAAUUGGAAUGGACGGCACGGACAGAAAAAUUAUCGUGGAGGAUAAGAUCACCUGGCCCAACGGACUGACCUUGGACUUUGUUAAUGAUCGGAUAUACUGGGCAGAUGCCAGAGAGGACUAUAUUGAGUUUGCCAGCCUGGACGGGACCAGCAGACACACAGUUCUUAACCAUGACAUCCCUCACAUCUUUGCCAUGACGCUGUUUGAGGAGUACAUCUACUGGACGGACUGGGAGACAAAGUCUAUUAACAGGGCACAUAAAACCAUGGGCACCAAUAAGACCACCCUGAUAAACACUCUGCACCGGCCCAUGGAUAUUCACAUUUACCAUCCCUACCGCCAGCCCCCAGUUCUCAACCACCCAUGCCAGACAGACAACGGUGGCUGCAGCAACCUCUGCCUCCUUUCACCAGGAGGAGGCUACAAAUGUGCCUGUCCUACUAACUUCUAUCUGGCAAGCGACCAGCGGACGUGCAUGUCCAACUGUACAGCGAGCCAGUUUGUGUGCAAGAACGACAAGUGCAUUCCUUUCUGGUGGAAAUGCGACACAGAGGAUGACUGUGGAGAUGGAUCUGAUGAGCCGGCAGACUGUCCGGCGUUCAAAUGCAGACCAGGACAAUUCCAGUGUGGCACAGGCAUCUGCACCAACCCUGCUUAUAUCUGCGAUGGAGAUAACGACUGCCAGGACUUCUCAGAUGAAGCCAACUGUGAUAUUCACGUUUGCCUGCCCAGCCAGUUCAAAUGUUCCCACCCGAACCGCUGCAUCCCAGGAAUCUUCCGCUGUAACGGCCAAGAAAACUGCGGAGAGGGCGAAGAUGAGAAGGACUGCCCUGAGGUCACAUGUGCUCCCACUCAAUUCCAGUGUGCGAUGACCAAACGCUGCAUACCCCGCCUCUGGGUGUGUGACCGGGACAAUGACUGCGCAGAUGGAUCUGAUGAACCAGCCAACUGCACUCAGAUGACAUGCGGUGUGGAUGAGUUUCGGUGCAAAGACUCCGGACGCUGCAUCCCCGCACGGUGGAAGUGCGACGGCGAAGACGAUUGCGGCGAUUCCUCCGAUGAACCCAAAGAAGAAUGCGCUGAGAGGACGUGUGAGCCUUACCAGUUCCGAUGCAAGAACAACCGCUGCGUCCCAGGCCGCUGGCAAUGUGACUAUGACAACGACUGCGGUGACAACUCGGACGAAGAGAAAUGUCAGCCUCGACAGUGUUCAGAGAGUGAGUUCGCCUGCACAAACGGCCGCUGCAUCGCUGGCAGAUGGAAGUGCGAUGGAGAUCACGAUUGUGCUGAUGGAUCUGAUGAGCAUGGCUGUGAUCUGAAGUGUGACAACGACCAGUUCCAGUGUAAAAGUGGUCACUGUAUCCCCAUCCGCUGGAGAUGUGACUCUGACCCUGACUGCAUGGACGGCAGUGAUGAGGAGAACUGCGGCAGCGCCGGACGUCACUGCCCUCAGAACGAGUUCCAGUGCAACAACACUCUCUGCAAACCACUUGCCUGGAAGUGUGAUGGGGAAGAUGACUGUGGCGACAACUCUGAUGAGAAUCCAGACGAAUGCAGGAAGUUCCAGUGUCCUCCCACCAGGGUCUUCCGCUGCCUUAACGACCGUGUGUGUCUGCACAUGUCGAGGAGGUGCGACGGUGUUAAUAACUGUGGAGACAACUCGGAUGAACUCAACUGUGAGGCCCACAAAUCUGCUCCCACUUGUGAGAAGGAUGAGUUCCUGUGUUCAAACGGCAGAUGCAUCAGCUCCAACCUGCGCUGCAACUUCUUUAAUGACUGCGAGGACUUUGGGUCUGACGAGAUCAAUUGCAAAACAGACAAAAGGCUGGACGACUGUCGCAGUAACAGCACUCAGUGCGGCGAUGGAGACGAGGCCCAUUGUGUCACAAAUGGCACGGACUCCUUCUGCUCCUGCAAACCAGGCUUCCAGAAGAAAGGACACCGCACCUGUGGAGAUAAGAAUGAGUGUUUACAGUUUGGAGUUUGCUCCCAGAUCUGCAACAACACCAAGGGCUCCUACAAAUGCAGCUGCUACAAAUAUUUUACCAGGAUCAAUGACACUUGCAAGGCUGACAGCAUGAACAGCAGCCGACAGAUUCUCUACAUAGCCGAUGACAAUGAGAUCCGCAGCCUGGACCCCGGCAUGCCUAACUGGCGCUAUGAGCAGAUAUUUCAGGGUGAUGCCAGUGUGAGAAUCGACGCCAUGGACUUGCACGUUAAGAGCAACCGCAUCUUCUGGACUAACUGGCACACGGGCCGGAUCUCCUCCUACGAGCUCCCGGAGCAGUCCUCGUCUUCAUCCUCGUCCUCGUCUUCCUCAAACUCUCACGGCAGCCGACAGCAGAAUGAAGGCGGUAUCACCAACCUGCAGAUCAAAGAGCUGAAGAUGCCCCGCGGUAUAGCAGUAGACUGGGUGGCUGGGAACCUGUACUGGACUGACUCUGGUCGAGACGUCAUUGAAGUGGCUCAGAUGUCAGGGCAGCACUGCAAGACGCUCAUCUCUGGCAUGAUAGAUGAGCCUUAUGCUAUCGUUGUGGAUCCACAGAGAAGCACCAUGUACUGGGCAGACUGGGGAAACCAUCCUAAAAUUGAGACGGCUGCCAUGGACGGCACUCUUAGGCAGACUCUUGUUCAUGAAAACAUCCAGUGGCCAACAGGAUUAGCCGUGGACUACUUCAACGAGCGCCUUUACUGGGCUGAUGCUAAGCUCUCGGUCAUCGGCAGCGUUCGUUUGGAUGGCUCAGAUCCCGUCAUCGCCAUCUCUGGCAUCAAAAACAACCUGCUACAUCCUUUCAGCAUAGAUAUAUUUGAGGACUACAUCUACGGAGUCACUUACAUGAACAAUUUCGUCUUCCGGGUCAACAAGUUUGGCAAAGGCUCAAUGGAGAACCUCACAACUGGCAUCAACCAUGCCACUGACAUAGUCCUGUACCACCGUUACAAGCAGCCAGACAUACCUAACCCAUGUGACAAGAAGAAGUGCGAGUGGCUGUGUCUUCUCAGCCCCAGUGGACCUGUUUGCACCUGCCCCAACAAUUACAUUGCAGACAAUGGUACAUGCGUUGAGAGACCGAGCCCCACCUCUUCAUCUUUCUCUCCACCAUCGGAGCCCUGCAAUAUCCAGUGUCUGAAUGGGGGGAGCUGCUUCUUCAACGCCCAUCAGGUGCAAAAGUGUCGCUGCCAGCCCAGCUACGUCGGACCGCGAUGCGAGGUCAACCAGUGCAGGGACUACUGCAAGAACGGAGGAACCUGCACCUCCUCCCAUACAGGUACACCUACUUGUAGAUGUCCAAAAGGUUUCACAGGACCAAACUGCAACCUCCACACCUGCCAGGAUUAUUGCAUGAAUGGAGGAACUUGCUUGGUCAGCAUGGGUAACCAGCCAACCUGCAGCUGCAAACCCGAGUACCAAGGAGACCAGUGCCAGUACAGUAAAUGUGAAGGCUUCUGUCAGAAUGGUGGAACCUGUUUACAGACCUCCAAUGGCACUAAGCUGUGUCAGUGCCCCAUUCAGUACACGGGGCACCAGUGUGAGCUCAACAAGUGCGAGUUCUGUGGGGAGGGCAAGUGUUGGACGACAUCCAAGGGAGAAAUUACCUGCAACUGCACCAAUGGUCAAACCCAGUCCAGCUGCUACACAUGCUUGGAAUACUGUGUUCACGGCCAGUGUUCAUUCGACACUCGCACGUUGCUUCCUACAUGCAGGUGUGCGUCUGGAUGGUCUGGAUACAGGUGUGACCUUGAAGUAUCUGUACCUGUGGAGUCUCAAGCUGCCGGUGGCAGCUCCGCCUCCAUUGUGAUCCCAAUCCUCCUGUUGCUGCUGCUGGCACUGCUGGUUGUAGGCGCCAUCUUGUGGUAUAAGCGAAGAAUGCGUGGAGCGAAGGGCUUCCAGCAUCACCGCAUGACCAACGGAGCCAUGAAUGUUGAGAUUGGGAACCCGGCCUAUAAGAUCUAUGAAGGAGAUCCUGAUGAUGAUGCUGGGGAGCUGCUAGAUUCAGAUUUCACUUUGGACCCAGAAAAGCCCACCAACUUCACCAACCCCGUCUACGCCACGCUGUACAUGGGUGCCCACAACAGCCGCAACUCUCUCGCUAGUACGGAUGAAAAGAAGGAGCUUCUCUCCCAGGGCGACGACGACAUGAAUGACCCGCUGGCGUAGAGCUCAGCGGGAUUGAACUCUGCCGAAGUCACCCGGCUUCAUCCGACCCAGAGCUGAGCCUAGAAGCUCCUUCCUUCCUCUUUCUCUUUCUCUCUCUGUCUUUUUAUUCUCUCAUCAUAUGCCUUCACCAGCUGAAAAGAAAAGCAACAAAAGGAGAAAAAAAGAAACGCAAGAACUCUGUACAAAAUGUAUAAAAAUGAAGGACUACUUUUUUAAGUGAUUGCAGUAUUAUAUUUUGUUCUUUGACAUAUAGAAAAAAAAAACAGUGAGGGAAAACAAACCAUUUUAUAGACAUUUUAUCAGUUAUUUUUAAUUUUGCUCACUUGGUCUUUACAUAUAGCCACUACCUCUGUGCAAAUGUAAAAGAUGGGAAAACCCUGCUGUGAAGCAGAUGUCUUUUUUUUUUUUUUUUGUAUGAAUUGUCUUUGGGGGAGGGGAGUAUUGUUCCAUCCUGGAGGAAGAAGUUGCCAAGUCUUUAGUUACUGGUAGGAAAUAUUGUCAGUGCUCACCACGAAUGCUUCCUGGAUGUUUUCCACUUUAGAUCUGCAUGUUUAGUUUGCUGCCGGAAGGAGACUGACAGAGGAAUACACACACCGAGGACUCAGCGGGCUACAUUCAAGUGAUUGUCUUUUACCUCCUUGCACAGACUAAAGUGAAAUAUAAAUGCAUAAAUCUAUAUUUCCAUAUAUAAAAAUAUAUGAAUUUAUUAACAAAGUGUCUUGAAAAUAUUACCCAGGAAUACAAACAAACCGUAACAAAUAGCAGUCUGUACUUUGUAAUAUUUGUUAUUAUUUCAAGUCCUUGUGUAAUCGUUGUCAGCAGCAUUGAAUGACUCAGUUGCAGUUUUAGAGUUUAUGAGAAUGAUUGUAAGUUCACAUUCCUGGAUGAAAAAAAAGGUCCAGGAAUGGAUAUCUGUGGCCUUGGUGUUUUUUUGUUUUUUAAAGCUAUCUUCCGGGACUCUGAGAAAUGAUGAGCUGUGACACUGCUCCGUGUUUUAGGAUUUUAAAGAAAAGCAAAAUUGUCUGAAUUCACUGAAAAUCAGCAGAGAGGUUGCUUUUAGCAUUCUUUUACUUGUCUUUUGAUUGUAAACUUUCAGGAAAGGCCAGGGAGACCGACUGAUGGUACGACAUGUGUGAGAUUGAACUUUCUCUCUUUUUUUUUUUUCACUUUUAAUCUAUGUACCUUAGGUAAACGCUUGUCCUUGAGUCCAUUCCAAGUAAUGAGUCUGAUCUACAUCCUGAUAAACGCAUAUUUGCUAUUUUGCUUUGCUGCUAACCCUCUGUUUUUCCUCAACAGUGUUUCACACUGUGCUGCUUUUUUAAAAACCAUCAGCCAUACCACACCGCAUGGUGCUCACACUCGUACACACUGAGGAAAGUCUGGCUUUACCCCUCACUUGU